CAAGUUGUCUGUACUGUGUCAGCUGGGUUUCAUGGGUUAGCCCAGAACAUAUAUCUUAAUGGAGCAGCAGUUAUUAAUGCAGUUAUUCUCGUUUUUUACGCUCUCUUUCUCCAAAAAGUGAGGAGAAUGUCAAUAACUGACAAAAAUUUGAAGAGUAUUUACCGGUCGUUGAUUGUGAUCAGCUUAUCGGUACUGCUCGGCUCGAUAGCCACCAUCGUCAUUGGUUUCAUGUUCAACCUUGUAAGAACAAAUCUUAGCGGUAUGGAGAUGUCUAUGAUUGCUGGUUUACCAAUCAAUUUAGCUAUGGCUGGCAAUUUUUUUGUGUACUAUGUCGUGAGUGAACAAUAUCGCGAUCUCUUUGACCAGUAUUUGCACCUGGAUAUCUUGCGAAAGUACUUUGGGAGCAGGAAAUUGCAGUCACGAGUAUUUACAAUAGCAUAG